ACCUUCCUUCCCUCUUUCCUGUUCAACCCAUUUCCUUCGUUUUCUACUCUCUGUAGGAAAUUUAUCCACAGCGACUGUGUCACUUUGCAGUAAUGGUGGAUACUGUGAUUUUAAACAAAAUAACAGCUAUUAUUGUUGUUGUCUCCUUUGUCCCAUUUAACUUCGACGCUGACGCGGUAACAAAGACACCCACAUCUUCCGUGUUCAAACUGUAAUCGAUUUCAAUUGCCGUCUUAUUAAUCAUCUAAUAAAUUUCAAAUAUUCCCCUUAAUUUCUGGCAAUUCAAUUUCUUUUUCUACGGAUUGCGACAAUAAUUAACAACUUUUGUUGGAUCCCUAGAAUCUAUGCAAUCCUAGCAGACGUUGUCUACCUCUCCUGCGAAAGCGAAAGCUUCUAGCUGGAGACGACCUAAGUCUGCCCUUUUUUCUCUCCUUCUAUGUUUCUUCUUCGAGAUUCGAUGCCAAAACCCAGAUUUUUUCUGUGUUAAUUUAGCUUUUUUGUUGGAGAAUGAGGUAUCAGAUUCGUUGAUUCGGUGGAGACUUUGGUUUUCAGAUCGUUUUGAAAGGUGGGAGGGAUGUGAGUUUCAGGUAGAUUCUGGAAACGUUUGUUACUUAUGUUUCGCGGUCAGAGAUUUCUAAAUGGUGGUCACCAUAAGAUCCCGCAUACAAAGAGGUUGCUUUAUGCUAAGGGAGAACCGCUUGUUAUGUUUGAAACAGUACAGGAGAUCGCUAUCUACAUACACAGGUUCCAUAAUCUCGACCUUUUCCAGCAAGGAUGGUAUCAGAUCAAAAUUACAAUGAGAUGGGAGGACGGUAGAUACACCUCUCCUGGAACUCCUGCGAGAGUCGUUCAGUAUGAAGCUCCUGAUUUGGGUUCCGAUGAUAUCAUUGGAAUAUGGAGGAUUGAUGAUAAGGAGAACAGUUUCUCUACCCAGCCUUUUCGGAUCAAGUAUGCCAGGCAGGAUGUUAUUCUGUCUGUGAUGAUCUCUUUUAAUAUACCACUUCGAAAAUUUGAGGUACCUGCCACAUCUGCUGUGAUUUUGAAGUUUGAGCUUCUGCAUGCUUCAAUACUGGAAAAUGAGUAUGACUUUCAAGCAUCUCUGGAGGCACUCCCUGCUGCAGUCCAUGAAUUCCGGAUUCCUCCCAAAGGGCUUCUGGGUUUGCAUUCAUAUUUUCCUGUUCAUUUUGAUACUUUCCAUGCUGUGCUUGUUGAUUUAAGUGUACAUGUCACUCUACUGAAAGCUGGAGCCUACACACCUCCAAAGAAGGUAUCCAGUGAUAUUCAUAGAGUUGGAGAUGCUGCUCAUGAAAAUUGCGAUAAGUCCAAUCAAGUGUUGGACCAAGGGGUGUGUGAGGAUUCAAAACAUAUUUCAUUGCUGAAAGCAUUGUUAAUUGCUCGUGACAUUCUUCUAGAAGAAUUACAAAAGCUUAGCAAGGCCAUAGAUCAAAAGGUUGAUUUGACUGAUUAUGUCUCCAAUAUGGGUGAAAGUAAAUUAAUUAGUCCCUACUUGCUAGGAGAUAAUAUGGCAAGUAUUGGAAUCUCAGAUGUAACGAUGGGAAUGAGACGUGUAGCAAGUGAGCCAUGGAAUAGUUUCAAGCAGAAACCGAAUGGCAUUUUUGAUUUUGGAAGUGAUGAGGUGCAGCAGUCCCUUACCAAAGAAAAUCUGUUAAGCGCUUUCCAUUCAACGAGCAACCAACUUUCAUUUUUGUGGAAUGUAUUUCUAAAGUUUCACAGGGCUAACAAAACCAAGAUAUUGGAAUUCUUGCGUGAUGCAUGGGCCAUUGAUCGUAGAGCAGAGUGGUCAAUAUGGAUGGUCUACUCUAAGGUUCAUAUGCCCCAUCAAUUUUUGAGAAGUGGAAAUGAUUCAUCAUCUCAACAUAGUACACGUGGGAGAGUUUCAAUUGCAAAGAAGAUAAAUGAUGAUCCAGCUGAGACUGCACAGGCACGUGCUGAGCUUCAUCGACGAAGUAUUGCACAAAUGAGAAUAAACAAUCGGUCAGUUCAAGAUAUGCAUAUUUUUGGAGAUCCUUUACAUGUCCCUGUUUUAAUUGUGGAACGGGCUGCGAAUGCUCCAUUCCGUACUACUAGUGGAAAUUCCUUCUUCAGUUCUAUGGAGCUGAGGGAUACACGCAUAGAACCCAAUAUCAUGGCUGUAAACAAGUUAUCUGCUGCUGGGACGCAUAGGAAUGGUCGUGUUUUGAGGGCCGUGGUCUUUGUGCAUGGAUUUCAGGGACAUCAUCUGGAUUUACGGCUUGUUCGGAAUCAAUGGCUUUUGAUAGAUCCUGGAGCAGAAUUUCUCAUGUCAAAGGCUAAUGAAGAGAAAACAUCUGGAGACUUUAGAGAAAUGGGAUCAAGGUUGGCUGAGGAAGUGACUUCUUUUCUUAAAAAGAAAAUAGAUAGAAUGUCAAGAUCUGGAGGCUUCAGAAAUAUCAAGCUUAGCUUUGUUGGACACUCCAUUGGAAAUGUCAUUAUAAGAACUGCCUUAACAGAGAGCGUAAUGGAACCAUAUCUAAGAUAUCUUCAUACGUACUUGUCCAUGUCAGGGCCACACUUGGGGUAUUUGUACUGCUCCAACUCUUUGUUUAACUCUGGGCUGUGGCUCUUAAAGAAGCUCAAAGGAUCACAGUGUAUUCACCAGCUUACCUUCUCUGAUGAUUCAGACCUCCAAAACACUUUUUUCUACAGGCUUUGCAAGAGAAAGACAUUUGAGUACUUCAGGAACAUAAUCCUGUUAUCCUCACCCCAGGAUGGUUAUGUUCCAUAUCACUCUGCUAGGAUUGAAUUAUGCCAGGCAUCGUUGUGGGACUACUCCAAGAAAGGUAAAAUCUUCAUGGAGAUGCUACAUAAUUGCUUGGACCAGAUCUCUUCCCCCUCCUCUGAGCGCCGAGCAGUCAUACGAUGUGAUGUCAACUUUGACACCUCUUCCCAUGGGAGGAACUUGAAUACCUUCAUUGGCCGGGCUGCUCAUAUUGAGUUCCUUGAGACCGACAUUUUUGCAAGGUUAUUAAUGUGGUCCUUCCCAGAGUUAUUCCGAUAAUGGUGGUGGAAGUCCCUAUCUGUACAGCUCCGUCCCAUAUGUUGAUCUAGUCUCCCCACAGCAGAUUUCAGCAGAGCCCUUUCUCAAGCCUGGGUUGAUUUGAGCAUCAAGGAAUGAAGAUUGGGAUCUGACACAUGGUUAUCUCAGUUGAAUUCUUCUGCUAAUGGCAUGUCAAUAUUGUCAGACUAUCACCCUGGAGUUCAGCCAUGUAGGCAUUGUAAAAUAUGAUUUACUUUAGGUAGAUAAGAUGAUUUCAUUUAGUUGAAGGGAAAUACAAUUUGUAAUUUGGUAGGUAAGUUAGAUUCACUUUUUUGUGAUGAUUCUGCUUUUGGAGCCUGAUGAAUCACAUUAGGAAGUUGGAAUAUUCUUGGGGAACCCCUCGGUUAUAUAUUGUAAUUUUUGGAAGAGGGUUGUGCAGUAAUAAAGUUUAAUUCUUUUA